AUGGUGCGCCCAACCGCCCUCGUCGCCGCGGCAGCUACCCUCGCCCUCAGCGCUCGCGCCGAGAGCCUGUACUCAAAGAACUCGGCCGUGCUCCAGAUCUCGGGCGUCGACUACGACAGGGUAAUUGCAAAGUCAAACUACACAUCGAUUGUCGAGUUCUACGCGCCGUGGUGCGGCCAUUGUAAAAACCUCAAGCCCGCAUACGAGUCCGCUGCCAAAUCCCUCGCAGGCAUCGCCAAGGUCGCCGCUGUGAACUGCGACGAUGAGGCGAACAAGCCGUUUUGCGGCCAGAUGGGCGUGCAGGGCUUCCCCACGCUCAAGAUCGUGAGACCGGGGAAGAAGCAGGGAAAGCCGACUGUGGAGGACUACCAGGGACAGCGACAGGCGAAGGCAAUAGUCGACGCGGUCAAAGACAAGAUCCCGAACAACGUGAAGCGCGUGACGGAUACAAAGCUAGAUGAGUGGCUAGACGAGAACAAGGACAGCGCGAAGGCCAUCCUGUUCAGCGACAAGGGUCAAAUCAGCGCUACGCUGAGGACUCUGGCCAUCGACUUCGCCGGCAUCGUUUCCGUCGCGCAGAUCAAGAAGAGCGAAGCGCAAGCGGUUGAGAAGUACGGCAUCGAGGAAUACCCGACCCUUAUCCUCAUUCCCGCAGGCUCGCAGGAUCCGAUCAAGUACGGUGGCGAGAUGAACAAGGACGCCAUGGUCCAAUUCCUCUCGCAAAUUGCCCCGCCGAACCCCGACUGCCCGCCACCGAAGGCCAAGAAGUCCAAGGCCAAGAAGGACACGAGGAAGGAUGCAAAAGCCUCAUCCAAAUUCUCUAAAGCUUCAGCCUCCCACAAGUCUGCAGAUGCGACAUCUGCCGCGGCUUCAGCCAAAGACGAGACCAUCGAGGAGGCGAACAAGCCCACCGAGUCUCCGGACCCCAACGUCAAGACCGAGGACACUUCAGAGCCGAUCAUCAUUCCCGAAGAGGAGAUAAAGCCUACGAUUCCGGUGAUGGCUGAAUCUGCGGAACUGCAAGCUUCUUGUCUGAACGAGCAGGCUAAGACCUGUAUCCUUGCUAUUCUGCCCAAGGAUGUAUCGUCCGAGGCUGCUACAACCGCAAUGGCCUCUCUCGCUUCUAUCCACAAGAAGCACGACGCUCGGCAAGGUCACUUGUUCCCCUUCGUCGGCGUACCAACCUCGAAUCCUCUUGCAGCGAACCUCCUCGCGGAACUGAAACUUGGAAGUGAUGAGCAAGUGCACCUGAUCGCCACUCAUGGUAAGCGAGGAUGGUAUAAGAAGUACCCGGGUGAGACUUUCGGCUCCAUGGAAGUUGAGCAGUGGGUCGAUGCUAUCCGGAUGGGUGAAGGUAAAAAAGAGAAGCUGCCAGACUCGUUGCUGGGUACGGGAGAGAAAGAGGAGGCUAGGGAGAAGCCAGCGGAUCAGCAGCCGAUCAAGAUUGAGGUGGAGGAGGUCGUAGAGGAACCGGAGGCUCCGUCAGAGACGCCGAACUCGGUUCCCGAGCAUAGUGAGCUUUGAGAAAUGCCUGGGCGCUGUACACAAAAUCCUCGCGGUACUCCUGUCAGGCCAUGUUCCAAGUGCUUGUGUCUCGUAAAUGCCCCGCCAAUAUAAUUAUGGUAUGUUUACCGUGUC